AUGCCAAAAAGAAACUUCAAAAAGAAACAAGGUAACUCUUCAUUCAAUCGUGAUUCAAGAAAACCUAAUAAUGAUAAUGAUAGAUGGCAAGUAGAUAGAAACAACGAAAUAUGGGAAAACUAUUAUAAAUCAUUAAAAAUCAUACCAGAAUCAGAAUGGGACGAUUUUAAAAAAGCAUGUCAGACUACAUUACCAUUAACUUUUCGUAUAACGGGCUCAGCUAAACAUGCACAAGAAAUAAGAAAUAUUUUCCUCGAACGUCAUUUUAAUAAUUUAAAUGGAAAAGAAUAUGAAGGAAUAGAUACAACUCCAAAACAAAUAGAAUUCUAUCCUGAUAAAUUAGGAUGGCAGAUUGAUCUUACUAAAUCAAUUAUUAAAAAGGAUAAAAAUUUUGCCAAAUUUCAAAGAUUUCUUGUAGUUGAGACUGAAGCUGGUAAUAUUAGUAGACAAGAAGCAGUGUCAAUGAUACCUCCAUUAUUAUUAGAUGUUCAACCACAUCAUUAUGUUUUAGAUAUGUGUGCUGCUCCAGGUUCGAAAACUGCUCAAUUGGUAGAAGCAUUACAUUCAGAUAUUCCAACUGGGUUCGUAAUGGCUAAUGAUUCAGAUUAUAAAAGAAGUCACAUGUUAGUCCAUCAAGUAAAAAGACUCAAUAGUCCAAAUUUCGUUGUGGUAAAUCAUGAUGCUCAAUUGUUCCCGCGUAUCAAAUUAAACAACUCCGAAGAACAUCUCAAGUUUGAUCGUGUUCUUUGUGAUGUUCCAUGUUCAGGGGAUGGAACAAUGAGAAAAAAUUUCAACGUUUGGAAAGAUUUCAGAAUUGGUAAUGCAUUAGGGUUGCAUAAUCUCCAAGUAAAUAUCCUAAAUCGUGGAUUACAUUUAUUGAAAAAAGGAGGCAGGUUAGUAUAUUCAACUUGUUCAUUAUCACCAAUUGAAAAUGAGGCAGUUGUGGCAAGUGCAUUACGUAAAUGGGGUGAUAAAAUUAAAUUAGUUGAUGUUUCAAACGAAUUACCGGGUUUAAAACGUGCUAAUGGAAUAAGUGAUUGGUUAGUAUAUGGUAAAGAUAUUCAAAUUAAACAAAAAGGAGAUGAUGAGACAAUAUCUGAAUCUUGUUUCCCACCGGCACAAGAUGAAGUUGAGAGGUUUCAUUUGGAGAAAUGUGUUCGUGUUUAUCCUCAUUUACAAAAUACUGGUGGGUUUUUUAUAACAGUUUUUGAAAAAAUUGAAGAUGGUCCAACUAAGAGAACUAAUGAAGGUCAAUUUGAAGAAAAGUCACAAUUUAAGAAACAGAAAAUUUCAAACGUGUUCACUAAUGAGGAAACUCCUGAGCCAAGUAAGGAUGCAAAUAAUGGUCAGGAUGCAAAAGAAAUCCAAGAAUCAGAAUCAAAAGAAGAAAUCCAAGAAUCAGAAUCAAAAGAAGAAACACCAGAAGUCAAAGAAAUCAAAGAAGUUACACAUGUAAAACAAAAGGGAACAAAAUUACCAAGAGAUGCAAACGAAGAACCAUUUGUUUAUUUAGAUCCAAAUAAUCCAGAAUUAUUAAAAUGUUGGCCUUUCUACGGUUUUAAAGAUUCAUUCAAUAAAGAUUGUUGUCUUGUUAGAAAUUCAACUGGUGAACCAGUAAGAACAAUAUAUUACACUUCAAAAAUAAUAAAAGAAAUACUCACCAUCAAGGAUCAAAAACUAAAACUUAUUCACUCAGGAGUUAAAUUGUUUGUAUCGCAAUCAAAAAAGGUUACAGAUACAUGUUGUUGGAGAGUCCAAACUGAGAGUUUUAGCACUAUUGAACCGUUCUUGGAUCACAAAAGAAAUAUUGAUUGUGAUUUAUCGGUUUUGAAAUUUUUAUUCUUUGAAGCAUUCCCUAAGAUUGACUCACUCAUUGAAAAUGGGAUAGAUAGUGGUUUUGUAGAAAAGUUGAAAGAGUCAGAUGAGGGGUGUUUAUUCAUUACAGUAAAAAGAGGAAGUGGAUUAGAAGAUAUAUUUUUGCCUGUUUGGAAAGGAAAGACUAAUAUUAAUUUGAUGGUUAGUAAACAAGAUACCCAGGAAUUAUUGUUACGUGUUUUUGAUAUUGAGACUAGUUCUAAGGAUUUAGGUAAGGAAAAGAUAUAUCAGGAAAAAGUAGAAGCUGCUAAAAAGGCAAAAUUGGAAGGUGAAACUAGUGCUACUUCUGAACCUAAUGAGACUCCUGAUGCUGAGUCAGUUAAAGAAGAAGUGAAAUAA